AUGCAGGCAGACAGCAAGCAGCAUCAGCGGCAACUCCAAGCGAAUCGCAAGGAACUGGACUCCGCCUCUCUCGAAGUGCGACGCUUGCAGCAGGAGAAGGAGGAGCUGCAGUCGCAGCUUGAGAAGGCAAAGAGCAAAGCCUGUGCUUUGGAGAUGGAGCAGCAUCAGCAGCAAGAGCGCAAAGAACAGCUUCAGCAGCAACUUCGUGCUCAAGAGCAGCAGCUGGAGCAUGCACAGGCAUCUUCGAAGCAAAUGGCGCUUGAGCUCGAGGAAGCGCAAGGCCACGUGACCCAGACCGCGCAGACGGCUCAGCGCUGCCAGGGGGAGUUGGAAGAGCACUUAGAGGCGAAGUCCCGCGAUGUGGAAGAAGCCCGGACAGCUUUGCAGAGGGUGGUCGAGGACAACGGCCAGCUGCAAACACUUCUGGAGGAGUCCGAGGAGAAAGCUGCGAAACUGCAAGAGCAAGUUCUCAGCCACGAAGACCGCUGCAAAGAAUUGGAGGAGGACCUGAUCUUAGCAAGGGCUCAGCUCGGUGCGCUGGAGGCACGAGAGUCCGAGCUGGCUCAGGCCACGGUGGCGGCCAGGCGACAAGAAGCCCAAGAGGCCGAGCUGCGCAUCUAUUCUGAGCAGGCCUCGGCAGCACGCUGCAAGACUCUAGAGCACGCCUGGCAUCAGCUGACGGCCAGCGCGGCAGCGCGCAUUCAGGAGAUGGAGAGCAGGAAGUUGAUGUCUGAGAUCAUUGCGGCCCGUAGGGAGUCCCAGCGCGAAGGCAGACGUCAGCUGGCGGAGCAUGCGGAGACUCUCAGUGCACAAGAGAUGAAGAAGCAGGCCCAUGACGAUCAGGUUCAAAAACGUCAAGACGAGGACAUCGCCACGUGCUUGAAGGAGAACGAGGAGUUGCGGGCAUGCAACCGGGAGCUGGCCCAGUCCUUGCAGCAGUUCAAGCAAGAAAACGAUCAACUGCAUGUUGACAACUCCAGCUUGCUGGAGAGCGUUGCUCUUUUCGAGAGCGAUCUUGGAAAAGUGGCGGAUAGACAUGCACAGCUCAUCGGCCAUGUGAACAAGAAGCAGAAGAUCCGCUACACGGUGAAGCUUAAAGAGGAGUGUGCACAGCUUCGCUUGGACCUGAACAAGGCCAGCUUGACAGUCCUGACGGCUUUCAUUGGUUUAGGGUUUAGGGUUUAG